UGGGACGUUCGCAGUAUUUUUAUUUAGUUUUUAAUGCAAGGUUACCAGUGUCUUGACCCAAGAAACUUCACCUCCACUUUGUUACAUUUUCAGCCCCCAUGCUCAUGUAAGCAGCUCAUCAGCCACAUUACAUCACUCACCCACAGUCCACCCAGACCCGAGUAGCCUGGACAGCAUCUUACCAGCCCCUUUUCCACUGUGAGUCCACAACUUUGGCAAGAAAUGGCAGCCUCUGGCACAAAUGGAGACGUUGGAUGGAGUGAAGAUAAUUUCAGAUCGUUUUCGGCAUUUUCUUUCUGAAACCGUAAAUGUUGAACACAAAGGAGCAAAAGGGAUUCAGUUUCGUCUCCCUACUUCAUGCAGCGUGGAUCGUGCUCAACCGCCUCCAGUGGUAUCAUAUCCUCCCAGUUACAAGAAGACUCCACCUCCUGUGCCCCCGCGCACCACCACCAAGCCUCUUAUCUCUGUGACAGCCCAGAGCAGCACAGAGUCCACCCAAGAUGCCUACCAGGAGGGCAGGCAACCACGGGGCGGUCUGUGGACCACCGACAGCCUCGGCCGCCCCAUCUACAGCUCCACGGACAGCCUGGACAGCACCAAGGCGGUCACCAUGGCCAUGGAGUCAGCAGCAGGCAAGAGGCAUGUGUCUUUAGGCAGCCACACCUCCGUCCAGACAUGUGACAAAGCAGUGCUGGUGUCCAAGGCCGAGGAGUACCUCAAAACCCCUCGUUCCUCUAUCGGCAUACAGGUGGAAACUGUGACAGACUCUGAGGCUGACGGUAAAGGCCUUCCUCAGUUUCAUUCUAUAGGAAUCCAAGUGGAGGACAAAAAACGGCACGGGCGCUUCAAGCGCUCUAACAGUGUGACUACUGCUGUGCAAGCAGACAUGGAGCUUGAAGGCUUUCCGUCCAUGGAGGACAAAGGCCUGCAGUUUGGUGGCGGCUUUGGCCGGCACUCCGAGCCCAGCACGCCAACGCAGUACGGAGCCAUCCGGACGGUACGCACGCAGGGCCUGUUCAGUUACAGGGAAGACCACCGGCCUUCCAGUGGGCCUUCCAGCCCGCAGCGCGAACCCUGGCUGGUGGGGCCCAGCCUGGAGAGCACUGACACGGGCCGAGUGUCCCCCCUGCGCAGGGAUGGCAGCUGGUUCAUGCAGCUCCUUCACAACGAAACCAAACGGCUGGAGGGGUGGUGCAAAGAGAUGGAGAGAGAGGCAGAGGAGCACGACCUGUCAGAGGACAUCCUAGGAAAAAUCCGGAGUGCAGUUGGAAGCGCUCAGUUACUAAUGUCUCAAAAGUUUCAGCAGUUUUACUGGCUGUGCCAACAAAAUCUGGACCCCAGUGCCAUGCCCAGACCCACAUCUCAGGACUUGGCUGGAUUCUGGGACCUCUUGCAGCUUUCCAUCGAUGAUGUCACUGCCAAGUUUGAUGAGCUGCAGCAGAUCAAAAGUAACCAGUGGCAGCUGGUGGAGAGCCCUGAGAAGAAGGUGCCAAGUGUACUUCAUUGGGAAAGGUCUGGACUGCAGGAGCGGAAGUGGCCCCCACCUCUGCCAAAGAGACCAGCCAAAGGGCGUGGCGGUGUGAUGCGCGAGCGCUCUCUGGACCUUCAGGACCGCCAGCGUCAGGAAGCCCGCAGACGCCUCAUGGCUGCCAAACGAGCAGCUUCUUUCAGACAGAACUCAGCCACAGAGAGGGCAGACAGCAUCGAGAUCUACAUCCCUGAAGCCCAGACGCGGCUUUGA